AUGCAGAUCUUUGUUGCCGUCUGUGUCGCCGCCCUCGCGGCCGUCACCCUGGCCACGUCCCCCCCCGCCGCGGGCGCACCAGUGCCUCAGAUUGUUAGCUCAGAAUUCAACCAGCAACCUGAGGGUGGAUACGUUUACAGUUACGAAACACAAGACGGUAUCAAAAGGACCGAGAACGGCGAGGUUAAAACCGUGAAUGACGAGGACAACAAGCCCCAACAAGUUGUAGUCGUGCGCGGCUCGUACAGCUACCCCGACGAGAAUGGUGAGCAGCACAACGUGAACUACGUCGCUGAUGAAAACGGCUUCCAGCCAGAAAGCGCAGACAUCCCCGUGCAGGCCUAAGCAUACAACGGACAGACCUGACCAACGGC